CUCCAUAAACAUUCACUCGGGUGUCAACAUUAAAUAUACGCGUUAUCGGGCACGGUACAUUUAACAUUAAUUUACGUUACAUUAGGGAAUUUUGCGUAUACGUACUAUUUUUUCUCUCUCGUUUGUAUUAUAUAUAUAUAAAAUAAAAAAAGAAGAAUAAGCAAGCCACAUCACACAGCAUGAGCAGCCAAGAGAUAAAGCGAGUCUGCACGAGGUCCCUGGCGCCGAGGGACUUCAUCAACGCGAACAAAGUCAAGGUGGUGAUCGACGAGCAGCCCUGCGGCAAAGUGAGAUACGAUCGUCGGGCGCAGGGCGGCCAGGCCGCGACUCCGCUGCUCGGCGCGCGCAGCCUCGGCCGACCCGGCGAGAAAAAGUCCUAUCCGAGUCUGCGCGUGCUGAAUUGCCGCGGGCCGGGCCUCGUCCUGGUCUCGCUGGUGACCGAGCAGGCGCCCUAUUAUCCGCACCCGAACAGGCUCGCGAGGCUGCGCGGCGCCGCCGACAGCAAGUGCCAGAACGGCGUCUAUCUGAGCGAGAUCGACAGUCGAGACGGCGAGGGUGACACGAUGAAGGUGGUGUUUAAAAAUUUGGCCAUUCAGCGCGUCGACGAGAGAGACGUGGCCGCCGAGCUGGAGAUCAGGAAGAAGGCCAAGGUUGAUCCGUUUCAAACUGGUUAUGAACACGCGAGCGAGACUUCGAAGAUAGAUCUCGGAUGCGUGAGGAUGUGCUUUCAAGUCUUCCUGAAGAACAAAGUAACGCAGAAGUUCGACGUAAUGCUGGAUCCCGUCAUUUCCGAACCGAUUUUGGAUACCAGCGCGGAAAACGACAUCUCGAUACAGUUCGCGAGCCACGCGAGCGACUCCGUGAUCGGCGGCACGGAGAUGUGCGUGCUGUGCAAGAGGCUCGACCGGGACGACAUCAAGGUCGUGUUCCACGACGCGGAGUCGGGCUGGAAGUGCGAGGCGCGCCUCUGCUCGCCGGGCGUCUGGAACAGGUGCGCCCUGCUGUUCAAGGUGCCGACCUACUGCGACCCGGGCAUCGAGGAGCCGCGCCAGGUCACGGUGCAGCUGCGCAGGCCGAGCGACGGCGCGGUCAGCCAAGCCGUGCCGUUCACGUAUCGGCCGGUGGCGCCCAGGACCAGCGGCCGCAAGAGAAAGAGAGAUCCGGUGUUCGAGGAAACCACCGACGAUCUCGAGAGAUUGGCCGAGGAAGAUGCAAAUCUCAUAACUAUCAUCGAUGAGAGUAUACUAAACAUUGAGCCGUGGCAGCUACCUGAACGUUCAUUAUUAAGCAUGAGAUAUUCCAGUUAUAAUUAUGAACCUUCAAAGUCAACCGGCAGAUGUCAAACCGAUUUGCCGGAAAUUCGGCACGAUAACAUCGAUGAGGAAUUAGCUAAAUGGGAAAAUAUGUACAAUGACGGUAACCCGUCCGACGUUGACAAGUUUGUUUGUCAUCAAAGUUUCGCUCCUUACACACCGGAAUCAUUAAAAGACGAUGAUGCAGAUAGUAAAAAACCUGCUUCGCCUGAUUCAACUGAAUUGCUAGAUGAGCGACUGAACUCGAAGAGAAAGUACAAAAUUCAUCCCGUCAAGGAUGCGGCUGGAUUGAAUCAAAUCGGCAGAAAUCUACUAGAUAUUGAUCCAAAUUGGCUCGAGCAGGACGCUUAUUUGAGGCAUCGUCGAUGAUGAAGGUGUAUAUUUUCCGAAAAAAACGAUGGUUUAUCCGAUGUACCAUAGCCACGCUUCCGUAUCGAUGAAUUAUUCCGAAUUGCGGGUGAAGAGCGAAUUUUAUUUUUUUUUGGUUUAAUAUAGAAUAAAAUGCGUACAGAUUUUUAUUGUUUAAGUUUUUGGCCUGUAAUAUACGUUUUAUGUAAAUACAUAUAGAUAUAACGUUCGUCUUGGAAUAAAACAAUUUCAUGAAAAUGAA